CUGAUCCCAAGUUAGUUUUGACUAACUUGCCUGUGAUCUGAUUGCAGAUGGCAAAAAGUAACCGUAAUCCAAGAAGGACUGUGAAUGAGACUGGUGAGGGGUCUGCGAGCAACGUGGCCAGGAAUGAAGCUGGUACGGAAGAGGCUCGGAAUGCUGCUCAGAAUGCAGCAAAUGUGAACAAUGCUGCAGCCGCUGGUGCUGCUGCGGGAGCUGUUGGAUUGGAAGCUGUGCUGGCUAUGUUGGCACAAGUCUUGGCAAGGCUGCCUGCUGUGGCGGCACCUCCAGUGGUUUCACCUGUUGUGGACGAGGCGGAGCAAGUGGUGCAAGAUGGAGAAGAUGCACACGUUGCUAGGAAUCCGUCUUAUCUCAAGGUCAUGGACCACAUGCAGAAACUGGGAACCAAGUUCUUUUCGGGUGGUUCCAAACCAGUGGAAGCAGAUCAAUGGAUUGACAGGAUAGGCCGGAACUUUAUGUCGAUCCGUUGUCCUCUUGCUUACAAGAAGGACAUUGCUGUCCACUACUUGGACGGUGAUGCGCACACCUGGUGGCGAGGUGUUGCUGCCCGGAUUGGUGAGGAUCAGUGCACCUGGGCCAAUUUUAAGGCCGAGUUCCGUGCGAAGUACUUUCCGCCGGAAGCAUUUGACCAACUUGAGGGAGCUUUCCUCAGACUGGAACAGGGAUCUAUGUCUGUAAGGGAAUAUGAAGUAGAGUUCAACAGCCUCAAGAAGUAUGCUGGGCGUGAGGCAGAGUCUGAGAUAUCCUUGGUCCGUAAAUUCAUGCGCGGACUUAGGGUUGAUCUCCGAACUCGUUGUAAGAUCCGCAACUAUGAUCUCCGUAAAUUCAUGCGCGGAGGAAGCCAAAGUGUUUGGCUCAGUGGCACAUGUCCAUCCUGGUAAGCAUGCGGGGAAGAAUCAAAAGGUGGUGAAGUCUGGCACUUCCAGC